CGCAGGUACCGCUGAGCACCAAGUCGCCGCGAGGAGAAUCCAGAACUUUUCUGCGAGUGAGGAAAUCCAGAGAACUUUUUUACGAGUGAGGGGACAGCCAUCCUUCGUGGCUUUUGAGAGCUGAAGCCGCAGGGUUUCGGGUCAGUUAACUCCAUGAAGCCUCCAGGAGCCAGCACGCGCACAGCCUCUGCCGCUGCCCGGGCAGAUCACCAGCCUCCAGGCCUCGGGCCACUCCCGAAGCUCAGACUUCGGACUAUCUUAGCGUUGUUUCUGCUACUGGUUGUCUCUGUUCCAGUAACAGCUAAGUCAGCCCACGAUCGCCCAGCUGACCCGCAGAGGCUGGAGGAGAGCCCAUCAGGAAGACGCUGUCAGGCAGGCCAAUACCUGUCAGAAGAAGGGUGCAAGCCUUGCCGAGAGGGUAUAGACUACACCAGCCAUUCCAACAGUCUGGCUUCAUGCCUUUCCUGCAGUGUCUGUAAGGAAGAUAAAGUCGUAAAAACAAGAUGCGACAUAACCCAGAAUACUGAAUGCCAGUGCAAACCAGGCACCUUUGAAGAUAAAGAUUCCACUGAGAUCUGCCAGACAUGCUCUAACUGCACUGACAGGGAAGACGAAGUGGCUCCCUGUACCCCAGAGAGAGACCGGAAAUGUGUCUCCAAAAACGCUUGGGCAUCCCAGCAUGGCCUAGGCCUCAAGAUAGGGAUCCCAGUCGCAGCAGCACUGCUGCUUAUUGGAGCUCUGUGUGUCUGGAAGACUGGAGUAUGGAGGCGAUGGUUGCCCUUUAUGAAGAGAGCCUGUGCAGGCCAUGAACAGCAUCCCGAAAAUGUGAGUUUGUCUCUCUUGGACCCACAGACAUCGAGCAAGACAAGUGACUCUCACCACAACACGGAACCUGGCAAAACUCAGAGUACGACAACAGGAAGGAAGUUGCUGGUUCCGGCAAACGGAAACGACUCAGCUGCCGCCCUGAAGUUUAUCUUCGAGUAUUGUUCGAACGAAGUGCCCUUUAACUCCUGGGACCGUUUCAUGCGGCAGCUGGGCCUCUCAGACAAUCAAAUCCAAAUGGUCAGGGCCGAAACACCGGUCCCACGUGAGGUCCUGUACCAAAUGCUACUCAAGUGGCUCCACCAGACUGGGCGAAGUGCCUCUAUCGACCAUCUGCUGGACGCCCUGGAAGCCAUAGGAGAGAGAGAUGCCCUGGAGAAAAUUGAAGACUACGCAGUGAAGUCCGGGAGGUUUAUUUAUCAGAAUGCUGCAGCCCAAGCAGGUGCGGUAGCUCAAGAGACAGGGCCAGGAGGAUCUCUGUGAGUUUGAAGCCAGCCUGGUCUACAUAGUGAACUCAGGACAGCCAACGCUAUGUAGAGCCUCUAUCUCAAAAAUGAGGAGGAGGAGGAAGAUGCAGGCUCUUCAGUACUAUUAGAAUGUAUUUAUUUUUUUUUCUGUAUUUAUUGUAUAAUAUUACUGUAUGUUAUGUUAUUACUGUUAUGUAUUAUGUUACAGAGCCUCUGUGAACACAGAUGCUAGAAGUGGUCUAACACACUGCCAGCAUCCUGGUUUACCUUUGUUCCUGAACAAGGUACAGUUGGUAGGGUAUGAUAGGACCUGCCUAUCAUCCUAACACUGGGGUGGUGGAGCCAGGAAGAUCAAGAGUUCGAGGCCAGCUGGUUCACAUAAGAUCCCACAUAAUGUGCAUAAGGGCUAAACUUGGUGAGAGCUGACUCUGUGGACAAAGAAGGUCCCCUGUCCCAGAUUCUAGCAAUAUUCAUUACCAAGACCCCUUGUCCAGAGAGAAAAGACCCCCCCCUCUGUAACUGAGGGGAGAGUAAACAGCCCUAGGGUGGAAACUCCUUGAAAACGUGGCCAGUGCUGCUUACUGUUAGACCGCUGCUAGGUACUACACAGCUGCACAGCGCCCCCUUGCGCCAGGUGCUAGGAGGCAGCCUACUGAGGGCUCGUCUACCUUGAGUCUAACACACUUGAAGUGAGUUUGCUGGUUUGGAGACAGAGGGAGCAUUAAAGUGCUACCUGGGGUGACCCUUGAGGGCCACGCCCCCUGUAAGCACUUGACCAUUGUGAGAGUAAACACUGAAACUCACCAUUGUCCUGCCUCAGCCCUUUCUAGAGCUGGAAUCACAGGUGUGCCGCACCGAAUUCAGAUCUAGAAAUAACCACCUUUAGAUACUGUGAUGGGGAUUUCUGGAGAGCUGGCACAUGCAGAUUUUUGUCCUGUGUGGGUUCCUAUUGGGUUUUUUU